AUGGUUUCUGCACAGGUGUGUUUCGCCGUUUUGCUUGCCUCGUUCGCGUCCGCCGCUUCAGCUUCUACGCCGGUCAGCAUUCUGUUUCAGCAGUGCUGGCAUGAGCGCCCUUUUACGACGGUCAAUCUUCAGACAUCGCACGAUAGGGAGCUCGUGUUCGCUACCAGGCUGAACUAUUUCGCCACACUGCCUCCACGACUAUCUCGCCAGGAUCGUGUUAAAGAGCUAAAUUACGGGCCGUGGUCGUAUCCACCGGUGUGCACCAAAGUGCUGCAGAGUGUGGGCGACAAGUUAUGCGUGUAUACGAAUACGUCUUUCAGCGGCGGGCGAGGCAUUUCCCUUUUUACGACUCCAAGGAUAGCCGAGGAAAUCGCUACUUUGCCGCCUUUUCAGGAUCCCGACGCGCUGAAGAGCAAAGAUGUGAAUGUCUUCUCUGAUAACUGGCACACGCAAGAGAUCCCAGGGAAAGGGGUCGGGAUGCUGGCAAAGAAACAGCUCAAGUUCAAGGACAGAGUGACUGCGUACACGCCUGCGCUAGUCGCUUAUCUUGAGGGCGAGCUGGAGACUUUGGAAAGGGAAAAAUUCUUUCGAAUAGCUCUCUCGCAGCUGCCUGAAGCCACGAGGCAGGCGUAUCUGGGAUUGACGUAUAUCUAUGGUCUGGAGCAGAUUCGCGUCCAGGAUAUUGUGAAGGCGAAUACGUUCCAGCUUGAGGUUGCUGGGCAAAACCACCUUUCAGUAUUCCCCGAAACAUCGAGGCUCAAUCACGCCUGCGCACCAAAUGCUCAGUAUUACCUCGAUCCAGCUCUACUAACCCAUUUCGUGCACGCCACCAGACCCAUCGCACCUGGCGAAGAGAUUACGAUUUCCUACAUCUCCCCGUUGGAGCCCACCGAAGCACGCCAACAGCAGCUAUCCUCCGGCUUCCACUUCACAUGCACAUGCGCCCGCUGCACCGCCGCAGACGCCACCGACUCCAAGCUCCGCGAAAUGCAAAACCUGCAAAAAUCGCUCAACGAUUGGUCCGCCGAAUCAACCGGCUCUCCCAAAGUCGCCGAGAAACUUCUCCAACUCUAUCGCAAAGAGGGGCUGGAAGGCUUCCUAGACAUCCCGUACGGCUUUGCGGCGCUCGCAUAUAAUGCCGUUGGUGAUACUAAGAAAGCCGUGAAGUAUGCGGAGCUGGCGAAAGAGUUGAUUUUAAUGAAGGAUGGACCGUGGACGCCUAAUUUGCAGAUUUGGGAAGAGAUGUUGAGGGGCCCGAAGGAUCAUUGGAGUUAUAAGAGGAGGAGGUGA